UGUGGAUGCGGGGUGAGCAGGAGCAGCCAGGCACUCAGCGAGGUGAUGUCCUGCCCAAUGCUGAUGGGACCUGGUAUCUCCGAGUGACCCUGAAUGUGGUGGCAGGCGAGGCAUCUGGCCUGGCUUGCUGGGUAAAGCACAGCAGUCUAGGAGGCCAGGACAUCGUGCUGUUCUGGGAACAUCACACCUCUGUGGGACUGAUCAUCUUGGCCGUAAUAGUGCUUUUGGCUCUUCUGACAGUUGUUGCAUUUUGGGUAUGGAAGUGCUGGACACAAUGUUCGCCUACUCAACAUGCUUCUCUCCUUGAAUGAGGACCCAGAGGCUCAAGAGCUUGGGACACACCUGAACACACCAUGAUGAUGAUGUCCUUUCAACUCUCCUUGUAAAACUUUUGAUGAUGUUUUUAUAUCUGCUUAAUAAUCAAUUAUCAUUAUAAGCUAAAUGUAAUUUUUCAGGCUUUGUUGUUCUGACUUGUAUUCUGGUAUUGACAUUUACAUUUUAACCCUGAAUGUAAUGGAGUCCUAGCAACCUCAACAUGGUCAAAUAUUAAUGGAUCAUCAGGUCCAUCUCUGAUGUGACUUCCUCCAGAGGGCCUUCCUUGAUUUGCAAGUGGCAAACAGUUACUCCCUCA